GAAAAACUAAAGAGUAACACAUAAAGAAAAGUUGUAGGCAAGGGGGGGAGAAGAUCUAACUCCAACUUAAAGAUCAAAGAUCAUCAACCAUGAUCAAAACCGUUCAAGAAGAUUUCCGCAACCAUGAAUCGAGGAUUGUAAAGUCGAUAAGUCUUUGAUCCAGGCUCAAUUCCAAGAUGAACAAGGGUUUGAGAACUAUCAUCAAGUUUCCCUAGAAGAAUUGGGUCAACCUUGGCAUGCGCAAUACAGCCAAAGACCCUGAUGUGUCCUAUAUUCGGUUUUCUUCCUUUUAGACAUUCAUACAGUGUCUGAUUCAUGAGAAAAAGCAUCGGUUUUCGUUCCUAUCACGAAGCCAAAGAAGCUUUCCAUUACGAUCAUCGCCAUGACUGUGCUCUCAUCUGCAGAUCGAGUUGCAGAUAAUGGUGAGAAGAAGGUGAAGAGUUCGUAUUUUGAUUUGCAGUCUAUGGAAAUAUCUGUAGCGUUUCCUCAAGCAACCCCAGCCUCUAAGUUCCCACCCUGCACUUCAGACUAUUAUCAUUUCGAUGAUCUAUUGACUCCAGAGGAACAGGCUGUUCGGAAGAGGGUGAGAGAGUUCAUGGAGAAAGAAGUUGCUCCCAUUAUGACUGAGUACUGGGAGAAGGCAGAGUUUCCUUUCCAUAUCAUUCCAAAGUUUGGAGCUUUGGGUGUUGCUGGUGGCUCCAUCAAGGGUUAUGGUUGUCCUGGCCUCUCCAUCACAGCGAACGCUAUUGCAACUGCAGAAAUAUCUAGAGUUGAUGCAAGCUGUGGGACUUUUAAUUUGGUGCAUACCUCUUUAGGCAUGCUCACUAUUGCACUUUGUGGAUCAGAAGCCCAGAAGCAGAAAUAUUUGCCUGAUUUGGCUCAGAUGAAAACUGUGACUUGUUGGGCCUUGACAGAACCUGACAAUGGAAGUGAUGGAAGUGCUCUAAAAACAACUGCCACAAAGGUUGAAGGAGGUUGGGUACUUGAGGGACAAAAGCGUUGGAUUGGAAACAGCACCUUUGCAGAUCUUUUAGUCAUCCUCGCUAGGAAUACGACAACAAACCAAGUCAACGGAUUCUUAGUCCAGAAAGAUGCGCCUGGCCUAACGGUUACUAAGAUCCCGAAUAAAAUAGGUUUACGUAUUGUUCAGAAUGGAGACAUUCUACUACAGAAUGUCUUUGUUCCGGAUGAGGAGCGGUUACCUGGGGUAAAUUCAUUUCAGGACACAAGCAAGGUCUUGGCUGUCUCACGUGUAAUGGUGGCCUGGCAACCAAUUGGUAUAUCAAUGGGAGUCUACGAUAUGUGUCACAGGUAUCUAAAGGAGAGGAAACAGUUUGGAGCACCGUUGGCUGCUUUCCAGAUAAACCAACAGACGCUUGUGAAGAUGCUGGGAAAUGUUCAAGCGAUGUUUAUGAUGGGUUGGCGCCUCUGCAAGCUAUAUGAGACGGGUCAGAUGACUCCAGGUCAAGCCAGUUUAGGAAAGGCAUGGAUUACAUCCAAGGCAAGGGAAACUGCUUCGCUAGGUCGGGAAUUACUCGGUGGGAAUGGAGUUUUAGGGGAUUAUCUGGUGGCAAAGGCUUUCGGUGACCUUGAACCCAUUUAUACAUACGAAGGGACGUACGACAUAAACACCUUAGUGACGGGGAGGGAAGUUACCGGGAUUGCGAGUUUCAAACCGCCAGCUUCACGGGGCCGUAGCCGUCUUUAAGGUUGUGCAGCGUUUGUUGCUGUUGGCUGUUAAUUAUAUUUACCUGGAGUACAAAGUGCGCCAAAUAAUAUUGGCAUCAAGGGACAUAUUGCAAUAAUGUAGGGUGGGAAUAUUCCUUUCGUAGACAUUUAAUGAAUUCAAGUAUGAAAUGAUAAAUUACUUUUCGGCUCUGAAUGGAAAAAGUAUAUUAAGCA